AAGUUUAGGCUAAUUUUUCCAAUAUGGCCGUUACCGAGGAAGGAAAUACUGACGUAUCAUGUGAGCACUACAAAGUUUCCGAUAGUUAGAGGCUUGUUUUCAAUGGUUAGCCAUCGUUAGUGGUAUAAGUUGCUGUGAUACAAUGAAUAGGCAUCAAAUUCUCACUGGAGCUUGCAAUGGCGGAGACUGCUAUGCCCUUGGAAGUGUGGAAGGCGUUAAUUUUGUGGCUUAUGCCUCUGGUUGUGAUAUCGUGAUUCUUGCCAGCAACUUCCAGCGAGUGGUCACCAUCCCCGGGGUGUUGCGAGGGAGCAUCAAGGUCAGCUGUGUCGAUUGCUCCACGGACACGGGAAAGAUUGCUGCUAGUUUUGGGAAAAAAAUCCACAUCUUUGAACCUACGCCUUCCAAUACAGACAGCAGCCAUCCCUCUCCUAGUGGGAGUAAAACUAAUGUUGGCAAGAAAUUGGAUUACCGCUGGUUCCCCACUGCUGAGUUGGAUGCUGACUGCUACGUGAGAUGUCUCAGCUGGAAUGUAGAAGGUUCCCGCUUGCUGACCGGAGGGGAGGUGAUCCAGAUAUGGGAGUUUGUGAACAGCUCCCCCGUGCCUGUGGCUUCGGCCAAGGUCCAGUUCCACCUGGGCAGUGUGAUGGGGGAGGAGGAUGACCCCGUGACCCAACGUCUGGUCCAAGCCAUCGCUGACCCAGACUACCUCACUGACCACCAGGGGGAGCCUGAGCCCGGAGCUUGGGAGUGUGUGUGGAAGACAAAGCCUGCCUCCCCAGUCACACAUUUGAAGUAUUCGCCUGAUAGUUUUGUCUUUGCCUCACUUGGAAAGAAUGAAAGACUGGUCAAGAUCUGGUAUGAAGAUCAAAAAGUGUCUCAAGGAUUGAUGAGGCAUGACAGUGUGAUGAGCCCCAAAAAGAACUCCAUCCACUACACCUUCAUCUACAUCUGCCACCCGAGAGCUGUCACUGGCUUUGAGUGGAGGCAGACCAGCAAGUACAUGCCCAGAGGUUCUGUGGCCAACAUGCUGGUGACGUCUUGUGAUGACAACGUGUGUCGUAUCUUUGUGGAAACAAUUCUCCCGGAUGCUGGUUUGUUGGACCUGGAACAUUUUGAUCCAGCCAUGAAUGCAGAUCCAAAGUACCACACGCAGAGGCAUAAGAAGAGAUUCGUGCAGAGGUUGAAAAAUAUAAGGCAAGCGAUUCACAAGAGAAGAAAACAUCCCAAGUCGGGAGCAGAUCAGCCAAUGAAUGGACAGAAUCUCCAGAACUCCACUAGUGUUCACGACUUCCACAAGUUUGCCAUUCAUCACAACGGGGUGUCUCCGGUUCUUCACUUUCAUCUUGCCUGCAGCAUUAAUCCUGACACAGAUAUUCCUCUUUUGCCCAUUGUUGGCAGCAAAGAUGAUGUGGACAGCAAUUUCCGCUUGCACUGGCUGAAUAACAAGGACCUUGAGUUCACGAUGGAAGCAGAGAAAUUGUUGCAAGAACUUCAUCAGAGACUUGUGGCUGACGAAGGGGGAUCUCUGCAUCAGUCGUCUACGCCAAACCAGACCCUCAGUGAUGACGAUCAGAGCCUCAGAGAGGAGGAUGAGGAUUUUGAGGAUGGGGGCAAUGAAGAAGAUUCUCAACAAAAAAGACGCAGUAAGACUGGCAAGAAUGAUAUGCGCAGUGGUCAGGGCAGCCGGUCCAGUCUGUCUUCAAACGAGGACCAGCACAAAGAUGAUCAGCCUCCAGAAUUCCCGCUCCACUUGCUUCAGUCAGGGGUCAUUGAUCGGUUGGACCGUAAGAUUGAUGCUCUUCUCCUCGACUGGCACAGCAGCCCAGACUAUGUGUUCAGCAUCCACCCAGUGGACGGAAGUUUUCUGGUUUGGCUGAUUGAUCAUCUGGAUGAGAGCACCCCGUUCACUUUCCAUCAAGCACAGGCCAGCUUCUCCUCCCGACUGCCGCGGGCGUUCCCUAUACCGGACGCUCGCAGCAUGGCCAGCAACCUGCUCAUGUACUGCAACUACAGCCGCGUGGACGUAAAGACCAUGAUGAAGAUGAACGAGGGUAUCACCGACGUCGGGGAUGUACACAGUGGUGGCGGUGCUCACAACAAGUCUGCAACACAUUCCAGCUUUUUCGGGGAUGGAGAUAACAAUUCGUUGAUCCCGAGUAUACACAUGGUGACCAAGCACAGUAAUGGCACUCUCAACCAGUGGCAGGUUAGUUUUACUGAAAAAACCAAGUUCCAGAACAUUGUGAGCGUGUCCCACGUGGCGCGAGCCUGUGGUCACCGUUUCCGCACCAACUCUGCAGCGUGCCACCCGGUCCUACCUCUCAUGCUGACCACCUCCCACCACAACCUGCCAUCCACGGACGGAACUGACGCGCGAACCCCUGGGGGGUCUGAAGAGGGACCUUCAUUGCCAGAGACCCCUGAUGUGGAGCAGGUUGGCCCGACGUUCUGCAGCGAGCUGAUCCUGUGGCAGGUGGUUCCAGUCGGGCCGCUGUCCCGCUCCGGGGGGAUCACAGAGCUGUGCAGGAUCAACAACUCCUGCCAGUCAGCCUUCACUUGUGUGGCGUGGGUUCCAACCCUCCUUCCAAGCACCUGCUUGGGCUCCUACAGUAACAGUCCCAGUGCCCUGUUUGUUGCCUCAGAUGGUCAGUGCUUGCGCCUGUUCCAGGCCGUCAUCGACGCUCGCAGUUUGCUCAUGGACAGGACCACCGGCAUGGAGACGAAACCAAGUUCCUCUAACAUGAGCAGCAGCACCUGCUCCAGCUACCCCGAGACCCCGACCCCAUCACAACAUCUUCCGACAUGGACCCAACAGCUGUUCAACAUUGCCUCGCUGCAGUCGUCCACGCGGCCAGGCUGUGUUCUGGAGCUGGAUGCCAUCAGUGAUGCACUGCAGGACUGGCAGAACAUCCAGCUGCUUCACGUGUACCAGGAGCAGCUGAUCACGGGGGAGGAGGGCGACAACGUCACGGAGGCGGUGGUGGACCUGAGCGGUCAGCAGACGUUUGAUGAGAACUUCUUCCUGGUGGUGCUGGAGAAGCCACCUGGCGCGGGCACGGUGCUGCACAUGUGGAAGUUGACCAUCGACUCAAAGCCCAGCGCUGAGGGGAAUGUGAAUGGUGGGUAUGACUGGAACCAGUAUGAGAACCUUGUGGACAGCUACAAUGAUGAGCUGAGUCCUGAUGGCUUGAACUACAAGCAAGCUUACCACAACAAUUCUGGCUCACAUCAAGUCAUGACCAUGUCCGUCAGAACCACCAAAGUUUGCACACAGCUUCUCCCUCUUCCAGAUGAGGUGGAAGUGAUCUCUUGCUCGGUAGCUGGUGGCCAUCUGAGUUCUGCGUCCAUCUACCCAGCGUGCUAUGCCCCCUACCAGUUUGUAACAGCGUGCUCUGACGGUGAGGUUCGAUUCUGGCGAUGCAGCCUCUCAGCCGUGAGCGAGAACAGUAUGGAGACGAGUGUGCACAACGUAACGAGUUACGAGUUCUCCUUGGAGGAUGGGGACGUGAAAGGCCAGCCCCAAGUUGAGAGUCGGCGAGAAGAACAGCGCCUUGAUUUUGAGUACACGUGGUCCGAGUGGGAGAGGCCGUGCUCCGCGGCUGACAGGUCCAGCUCUGUCUCUGUCUCAGGUCGUCCCAUUGCUGUGAGCUGUGCCUACAGCGGCCGCAUCGCCGUGGCGUACAGGUCGGGGCCUGUCAGAGCGCAGUCGGAGCACCCCGAGGACAAGUACGUCAACCUCCGGGUGGUCAUCCUGGAGUGUGAGUCCACAGGUGGUUCCGAGUGGGUUCAGGAAGAUGUGAUAGAGCUGAAUAACAUCAAGAUUCCAGAUCCCAAGAAUGAGAUAGACAUGUACAUGCUGCAGAGUGUUGAGAACCCGCAGAUCCCAGACCCGACGGAGGCGAUGCAGCUCCCCGCUGCGCAGACGGCGGCUGCGUUCAUGACGCGCACCAAAUCAGUGCCUAGCCUGAGUACCAUCCAGUCGGUGCGCAAGUCCAUCUCUGAGAAGGGGAACAAGAAGGGAUUGCUGAGGCAGAAGUGCCUGGUGCAGCUAGACUGGGCCUCCACAGAGGAUGGUUCCCACCUGCUGACGGUUGGGGUGGGCUCCAAGGUGCUCAUCUACGGACAGGUUUCCAACGAGAUCGCCAGAUCUUUGAAGAAUCUGAACAGCCAAGAAGAGAAAAAGACCCAGGAAGACAAGAGGUCUGCCUUCGCCAGCAGCAAGAAAUUGACCAUGAACAAGUCGAUGGUUGCUGAGGAGUUCCAGGAGGAGAUUCAGUGGAUGCGUCUGAAGGGCAUUGAGUUGACCACGGCCGACGGCUUGCCACCUCUGCCUAUGCACAUUAGUUGGGUCCGAGCGGGCAUUCUUGUUGUAGGCAUGGACAAUGAGAUGCAGGUGUUCACCCAGUGGAGAACAGAUGGUGCUGAUGUUGAAGUGAUUGAGGAUGAGUCCACCAUGGACAAGAGAACUCUGACAGAAGCAAACCUAGUCACGGCAGCGUCCAGCCUCAACCUGUGUCACAACUUCAAGUCCAAAUCAAACUUCAAAACGUCCCUGUCCAUGUCCAACUUUAAGCACUUGACUGUCAACUCGGGCCAGCUGCCAUCGUCAAAGAAAGAUGCAUGGAAACGUUCCAACCAAACGUCAGCGACGUCCAAGGGCAGCAUCAGCCUGGCCCGCAGUGACAGCAUCUCCAGUUUGCCCAUGUUGUACGACAGUGGCCUCUUUGAAGCUGCCAAAUUUGCCAACCCAGUAUUACCUCAGUACCAUCCUAAGCUGCUGAUGGAGCUGCUGAACUUCGGCAAAACGAAGCGGGUCAAGGCAGUCUUGGCCCACCUGGUGAGGUGCAUCAGUGGCUCAGACGGAGUUCAGACAAUUUUUUCAGAGGAUCAUUUGGACAAUGGCCACCUGAGUGUGAAGCUGUCGCGCCAGAGAAGCGUUUCGGUCCGCAGUGAGAACGACAUGGAUGCAGAGGCAGCACCUAUCAACUACGUUGAGAUCAAGUCCAUCCCACCUCUUCCACUGUACGCUCUCAUCGCGGCUGACAGAGACGCGACUCCUUUCAAUUCGGAGAUAGCAUCAAAGACUGCCACAGGCCAGCAGAACAGGGAGACGGACUACAACGAUUUGCUGAACCCAAACAUCUUGCGGAAUGACGAUGAUGAGUUAGAUGACCAGCUGCUUUUGUCCACCUCGGCCGACAGCUCCAGCAGUAAUCCCAGGAGGCCACGUCUCCCGUCUGGGAGUGCAAAGACCCCGUCUGACCCGUACUGCUUCACGUCUGCUCAAGCCAACAUCUUGCGGGAAUAUCUGUUCAAGCUGAACCUCCCCGGUCUGUCUGGCAAUGACCAGUUCUAUCUGGCCGCUCUUGCUGAGGUUGUGGGCUCCACAGCUCUCGAGUUCAACGAUGACUACGAUGAGUCCCAGAAGAAAGAGCAGGGCAGCACGGACGACUGUGGCCUGAGGUUCCUGCUGGCCAUGAGACAGUACCAGUGUCUGGUGAUGACGCUGCCCCCACUGCUGAGGAAACCGCUGCUCUCUGAGGGCAUCAGGACCUUCCAUCUGGUCUGGGCUUUCCACUCAGAGUCCACUCAGGAGCUUCUCUCGGCCAUCCCGUGUGUGAAGGCAGACGAGCCCACGUGGAGUGAGCUGAAGCUGUACGGAGUAGGCUGGUGGCUCAACAAUAUGACUCAGCUCAAGACCUUGAUGCUCAAAGUGGCAAACACCGUCUUCAAGACCACCAAGAGCCCUAUAGACGCUGCUCUCUACUACUUGGCCAUGAAGAAGAAGAACAUUAUGAAGGGACUGUUCAAAACUGUGAGGGACAGCAAAAUGGAGGCUUUUUUUGCUCUGGACUUCUCUGUAGAAAAGAACCAGCGUAUUGCCAAAAAGAAUGCCUACUACUUGCUGGGGAAGGGUGAAUUCACUCACGCUGCGGCUCUGUUCUUCUUGGGAGGGCAAGUGGAAAAUGCUGUCAGUGUGAUCCUGGAUAAGCUCAACGACCUGCAGCUUGCCCUGGUGCUGUGUCGUCUGUACGACGGAGAGUCCAUCAUGCCUGAGUCUGUGAAGAAGCUCUUCUACGAGAAUGUGCUUGGCCUAGACAAGAACGGUGAGAACUAUGAUGCCAGGAAUGCCAGUCCCGACCCAUUCCUGCGCUCCAUGGCGCUGUGGCAGAUGAAAGAUUACGAGUCUUCCCUCCGCACAUUGCUAGAGAAAAACAUUGGAAGGGCCAUGAAAGGUGAAACGGACAAGCUGCUCCAGAUCCCUCGUGUGUUCAACUUCUACAACUUCUUGCGGACACACCCUCUGAUCACACGGCUACGGCUGGCUUCUUCCUCCUUGCAGCAACGCGCUCAGCUGGUCUCAGGCUUCACGCACACAGACAAUGUCGUCUCGGAGGGUAUCACCACCCUUGACCAGGUCACUCCAGCAGAGAGGCAACUAUUCUUUGCCGCUGCCCAUGCACACUUCCAAAAUGGCUGCCCCCUGGUGGCCAUUGAGGUCAUGCGAAAACUGCCGAAACGGCCGCUGCUGGUGGAAGAAGAUCUCCAGAAAAUGGCAUACUUCGCCAAGCGAAGACGAAAAUCUAUGUCUGAUAUAAACUGCUCUACGGGAACACUGCGAGACGUUAACUUAAUGACUGUGAACGGAGGCUGGAAUUCAAAUGGUGACAUGAGCUCUUCGCCUCUUUCUCAAAACUCUGCUUCUGGAUUAAGUAAUUCUUCUUCUUCUUCGCAUCGUGCAGCUGAUCUGUUCAGUUCUCCCCAGCCAGCGUCCAACGCUAGUCAGAACAAAGCUGACAACUUUAACUGGGGGCAGUCUCUUGCCUCGAGCAACAACAACAAAGACACAGCCUCCAGUAUAGACUGGGGCGCGCCUGUUAGCCGAGUCACCUUUAAAGAUGAACUUGAUGAGCUUGACCUUGGUCUCGGUGACAGCGAUGAUGAGGAGGAGGAUGAAGAUGGAGAAGGUGUAAAUGAUGGUAAGAGAAAAGGAGAAUCAAAUGAGAACUCGAGUCCGAGUAAGUUGGAUGAUGUCUUUGGGACGGAGGCGGAGGAGGUUGCUGAGCAGGAGCCCAAUCACAUUGACAUCAUGGCUCAGCAGUACAAGUUUAUCGCCUGUCUCAAGGUGCUCAUGGAGGAGCUGGGCAAUUUGGCAACUGGCUUUGAGGUCGAUGGCGGUCAACUCAGACAUCAGCUCUAUAUCUGGCUGGAAAAGGAGACUGAAGUGUUGAAGGUCAUCUGCAACUAUGGCAUCAGCCAGGAGUCUGUAGCACAGCAAGCACAAGAAAUUCACAACUCGAGCUUGGAUGAUCAGGACCUCCUGGACGUGGAAUCCCCCAGAGGUCGAACGUCUUCAGUGAUGUCGGACACGUCCGCUGGGAAAGCCUCUCUUCACGAAGUGUUCAAGGCCGAGAAGCAGGACCUUCAGAGCAAGGUGGCACGGAUGGCUCGCAGAAAAGCCUGGCUGAAGGCCAAUCAGCACUUGCUGCGUACUCUAGCGUCGUACUGCAUACAGCAGGGCUCAGCGGGCGGGGGGCUCGCCUCUGUGAGGAUGGAGCUGCUCUUGCUUCUGCAGGAGCUGCAACAAGAACGUCCCCAGCAGCAGCUUCUGUCCCCUCUGCCUUUCCCCACCACCCUGCCCCUCCUCUCCGCCAGCAUCACCAACUGCCGCAGUGUCAUCGCUGACCCCAUCCAGUACCUGCAGGGCAGCAUACAGGACCUACUGCACGCUGUGGUGGAGAUGAACUCGCCGCCCAACGCCCACACAGACAUCGGAGUGGUGAGCACUAUCAGGGACCUGGCUGUGGCCCUGUCCUCGUGCAUCUACCAGAGUCUGUGCGACAGCGACACCUUCAGUGUGGCCGAUAGUGACAGCACCGAUGUUGGCAUUGACGGCUUCAUCAACCCAGAGUUCUCCUACCCGUCCAGUCACUUGAUGGCCGGUGUGAAGAAAAGUCGUCACCGAGGUACCGGAGGAGGAGAUGAAGUGGUCAACACCCCUCCAGCCAAAUGGCCAGGCGUCACUUCUCUCAAAGUCCUUCUAGCCAGAGAAAAAGAUGAGGAUGCCCCCAAAAUCAACGUGCUGCUGACGGAGUCUCUCAUCUCGGUGUACAUGAGCCUGCUCAUCUCUGCCUUCAGCAUGUACGACCCUCAGAUGCUGUACAGGCUGGUCGCAAACAAGCUGGAUGCUCAGACCUGGGCAGCGCUUUUUGGAGGCGGCAACAAAACCGUGGUCAGGCUAGAGAAAGCAUCUGUUCCUAGGUCUCAGGACGAUGUGAGCAAGCACCGCAUGAUGUUCAACAUGAGGGUCAUGUCCAACAGCGGGGGCGGCCCCGGAGCUACCAAGCCCAGCACGGAGACCAAAGAGACGUACCAGGAGAAGUUUGUGCCGCCGGAACUCAGUAUGGUCAACUAUUUCAUGACAAAGCCAUUUGUUGCCUCUUCAGAGACAAUCAUCGACUAUGAUUCAGAUGAUUCUUUUGUGUCGGAAGAUUUGUCUGAUGAGGAUCUUUCUGAUGAGGAUGAUGAUGAUGACCCUACAUUCCGGACUCGGCCAAAAUCCUUGGCCCGUCAGCCGCCCAACACUGAGCACACCGACUCAAACUCGUACAGCUGGAGCAUCAUCCGCUUUGCUGUGAUCAAGUCUGUGAGGGAAAACAUCAACACAUUCCUGCCUCAAAUUGGCAUCGAGCUCACGGAGUUGCCCAAUGUGUCCCCCUUGCUGCACUCUGUGAUGAGGGUGCUGGAGCAGUGGGAGGAGCUGCUGCAGAUACGGCUAGACAUGUUCUCCGGAGCUCCAGACAACUACAUUCCUGGCCUGGGCCUCAGUCUGACGGCCGGUCAACCCCGCUCCAAGCUGCAGGCUCUGCUGGUGCCGGAGAACUCACCUUUCCUGUCAGCUCAGGCUACUCUCCCCAUCAGAAGGUUGUGGUUCCAGCUGCUGCGACAGGACAGCCUCAAAGACCUGUUCCUCCGGUACAUCUACAGGAAGAAGAAGGAGCCGGAGGAGAAUGAGGCGGCUUCCAUGAAGACAUCCAGCAGUGACAAUGAACAGCAAGUUCGAGAUCCCAUGAAGAUCAUCCACAAAGAGCAGGACAUUAUCACCUCUUUUACUCUUAAUCAGGCAAACAGUAACUUGCUGGCCUUGUCCACUCAGAAGGAGAUUGUAGAGCUGGAUAUCGGGUACCUGCUUCGGCCACCACUGUGGCUUGAAGACGACAAUGAAUACGAUAUCGAGCUACUGAAGAAUUAUGCUGACAAUGACAAAGACUGGUCCUUCAAAUGGAGUGGAGAGGAGUGGAGACUGAUCCCCAACCCAGGUCCUGAGUUGCCCGAGUUCUUGGUGGUGCAGACGCCCCAGGACACGCCCCAGCCCAUGAGUGGCUCUCAGACCCCUGGCAGCCCGUACGUGCCCUCCCCGAAUGCCAGCCAGAUAGGGCUACAGACGGGACGAGGGACCAGUGUGCCUAGAUCACAUGCAAAGACGGUGAAAAGUCUCAGUAGUCUAGGUGUGAACAAUCCCAUAUAUUCACAUUUUAUCUUGGAUAGAAGUAGGAGACUUAUCAGACCGAUCCUGCGCAGGCCUGUGUUGGGUGUAAGGAGAAUUGGCUCCCAUCCCAUCUUGCCUCACUACCUGACAGGUGGCGCGGACGGCGCUGUGAGACUGUGGGAGUGGGGACAUGGGCCGCCCAUCACCACGCUGAGACAACCCGGCUCCUUCCCCAAGGUCACCAAAGUCCUGUUUAACGCUCAAGGGAACAAAUGCUGUGUCAGCGACACGGAGGGCAGCAUCUGUCUGUGGCAGGUGGGCCUCGGCAGCAGCUUCAACAAGCCCAUCAUGCUUUCCAGUGUCAUGAGCAAGGGAGCCCUGCAGUUGUGUAUGCCUCACGUCAACAUUUGCUCAUCAGUGGAGGAAGGAAAGGAGAAAUAUGUAUAUUUGAUUUGCGCCAGCGAGUUCUCAAGCAUACAUUCCAGGCCCACGAUGCCCCUAUAAAGUGUCUGUCUCUAGAUCCUGAUGAGGACUACUUUGUCACUGGAUCUGCAGAGGGAGACAUCAAGGUGUGGGGAUUGAAGAUCCAUCAGCUGAUCUUCUCCUUCCCCGGAGAGCACAGCAAGACGACGUUCUUCAAGAACGUGGGCUCGACCUCGGGUGUGGCGCAGGUGACCAUGGGCCCCCUGAACCACCUGUUCUCCUGCGGGGUCGACGGCUCCAUGAAGUUCCGACAGCUGCCCGAGAGAGAGCUCGUUGUGCACCACUGGGCGUGAUGCGGGUGUCUGCAUUAGUGUACAUUGUGACCUGUAAAGAUGUGAAGGAGAAAUGUGGAUUAUGCUAUGAUGUGCUUUACGCAUGCGUGUUUGGAUAUAAUGCUUACACUGCGUGUAUAGUUCAGCAGUAGUUAGUUGAGACAUAUUAUUGAGGAGUCUUUUGAUUUACUCAGUGUUUUAACCUGGAUGUUCUCUUUUUGGCUUGAUGCCAUCCUUUUUUUUUCGGGGGUAGACCCUAUUGGAUGUGUGUAUUUAGGUAGAGUUGCAAACGUGUCUGUUAUUGAUUCUUGGAAUGAGGAGGCAAAUAUGUAUCUGUAAGCAUUCUUUAAAAUUCUGUUUUUGCAUUGGUAUUGUUAGAGGUAAUCGUCCUAGAAAUGGCUUUGUAGUUUUCACAUUCGUGGUGUCUUAAAAUUGCAUGAGCAGAACUUUCCAAUUUCCCAAACAGUGCAAUAAUUUUCCUUGUCAGCCGCUUUUCUCUCCUGUUCUCUGUGUAGAUAGUUUGUGUAAUUUAUUGACUGCCAUAACUCAAAAGAGUGUCGCUAUUCAUGUGGAUUGUUUUAUUCUUUACAUACACAUGUAUAUUGUUUAUUGAUUUUGAGAGCUUUCAGUGUGUAUUAUUGUCCGGAUACAAUAUUGUUUGGCUCAUUCAAAAGGGCUCACGCUGAUGUCAAGAUUUGAAAGCUGCAGUCGCAAAAUCAGCAAUGCUGUCAUUCACAGUUGCGACAGAGUGCGUGAGUGUUUGAAGUCUGUAAUUUCUGGCGAUUGAAACAGUUUUGUUUUGUUCUAGUUCUUGUACUUCUUCUCGGCUGAUAGACACUUACUUGUUUUGCAGCCCCUUGAAAUGUGUGUUGUGUGACCAAGAACCACCGAAAUUAGAGUAGACAGACUGAUACAAGAGCCCUGUGCUGUUGAACGUAGACAGACUGACACAAGAGCCCUGUGCUGUUGAACGUAGACAGACUGACACAAGAGCCCUGUGCUGUUGAACGUAGACAGACUGAUACAAGAGCCCUGUGCUGUUGAACGUAGACAGACUGAUAUAAGAGCGCUGUGCUGUUGAACCCGUGUAAGAUAACCAUUCAUCAUGAAAUAAGAAUGUGCUUCAUUUUCAUCUAUUGGAGUUUGAUCAUGAUUUAGUUCACAACUUGUAAACCCUAGUGAUACUGUAUCAUCAAUUUAUUGGACAGAAAGUGUCUCCCUCUCCCCAUCAUGUUUAUCGGGUUAUCACAUUGUCUUAUUUUUGUUAAGUUUCCUGUCAAUACAUUCCUAUAUUCAGGUUAAUUUAGUUAUUUUGUCACUGAAUUGAGGGCAUUGAUUUUUGUAUUUCUCUCUGUUACUAUGUUUUUCUUGCUCGAGUAAUUUUGUCACCUGAUUCCUUCCUCAUAUCUGUUAAUUCAGCAGCCUGUGUUGGGGUUGUAUCAAAGAUGCAGUUUGCUUUGCAGAUAUUCUUCCUUCCUGUUUUUUGUGAAUCUGUAUUGUAAGUGUUCUUGAGUUGUGGUCCAGUGGAGACUUGAUAUAUCAACUGAGAGAGCCAUGUUGUGUAAAAGUCACAUUCAUAUAAGUUCUGUAAAACGACUGGGCUACUGAAGGCAUUGUCUUAAUUCUGUGCUGUGUGAAAUUCUAGAUUGCAGAUGGGCCGUCAUAGCAUUGAUUUUUUUAUUUCCAUUCUCCUACGGUCUUAGGUUUUUUUAUGUUUGUGUGUGUGUAUGUUUGUGUGAGUGAAUGUGUGUGUUUAAAAGUAUUAUACAUCUUUCAAUAUUUUUCCUGUUCAAAUAAUGUGUUUGAUUGAUGUUUUCCUGCUCUCAAAUGUGCUUUAGUUUUAAGUGAAAAGAGCUUUGCCUCUUGUAUAAAUAUUUGAGAAUACGUUGGUUUUUCUUUUUUAAUGCGGGAUUUUAAAAAAGGUAGAAUGUACAAUCCUGUACUGCUAAUGCACUAAAUAAUCAAUGCGCGUGAGCUGUGUGCUAGUUUGUCAUAUUGUCGUACUCCAUUGUUUGUUCUGGUGGGGACCUGGAAGGGGGCAGAUAGCUUUUACUUUUACGCGUAAAUGAUCACUUGGGAUGUGGGGAUCCUCCACAGAAGCAGUGUGAUAUUAACGACUCGGUGAUAAACCAUUUCCUGAUCUGUGAGUGGAGAUGAGUUUGUUGUUUGCUGGGAUUGUGAUAUAAAGAAGAAAAAGUUACGGGUUGCAUGACUAGCUGACAACAGAGCUUGUUUUGGGUUGGGUUGUUUUUUUAAAAAUGAAGAUGGAUGUUUGUGUUCUUUGAAAGUGAAAGUGAAAGCCGAGUUAAUGUAACAGUAUGCUAAUGUUCCACUGUGGUUGGCACAGUAGACUGGGUCAGCUGAGUGACACAAGAUGUGAGUGAACAGCUGCAGAACAAGAUGAUGCUUUUUAAAAAAUAAACAGCUUCGUUUUCUUUCAUCGGGCAAAUUUGUUUUAGAUCUGCAUAUUUUGAAAUUCACAACAAUGCUGUUGCGAGUUUUUGUAAGCACAAAUCUAAAUAAGGCUAUGUGAUUGAUAUUGCUUCAACACGGACUUUGACAUAGUACUAGUAGGCCUACUGUUUGUUUAGGACUUGUUAACAAGUGUGAAGCAUGUCUUCACAAUCUUAUAAAUAUAUUUGUAAUAAUGUAUGUGUCUCUUCUACGAUCUGCUGUCUCUGGACUCUGAAGAUAAAUUUGCAGUGACAGAUGAACUGUUUUGAGGUCGUAGAUCUGAAAUGAAUUCAUUGCUUUUGAUUAGUUCGGAGUUGCAUUCCCGAGUGUGGCAUGAGCCAUGUGCUGAGUGUCAUGUGCAAACGAGUCUGGAGUUCAACAAUGUCCACUUGUAUGUUUUAGUUUGCCGACUAGAAGAAAUAUGUGAUUAUGGUGGACGUAGUAGACUGGGGUCACCUUGUGACAUAUGUACAUAUUUAUGAAAUUAAUCAAGAGUAUUGUCAUUCUUCAGUGGUACUUCGCAACUGGCCUGUGCAAAGCAGUGUCCGUAAUAUAUGUGGUAUGUAAAUGUACUUAAAGCAUAUGUGUGAUACCUUUGCAUAGUCCUUCUAUGUGUGAUGGAUAGCUUGCCAUUUAGAUAUCAGUCAGAUACUGAUCGCACAGUGUUGAUGUUCUUUAUUUAUUUUUUAAAAAAUAGUUUCAAGGAGCAUUUUGCACGGUGAUGAACGAAGGUUGUGGCUCACUUUAUUUAUCAGGGAUGCCGUUUUUCCCUUUUCUCUGGUUUUUUUUUUGUUAUUUUGGACAUCGUCUAUUCCUAUUCCGUUUUCCGUUCAUCGGAUCCGUUCUCCGUUAAGCACACAAGACUCGUUGGGCGGGAAGCCCAUUUUCUGUUUUGUUCCAUAUAUGGACAGAGUGGCACGAGGAUCCAUAUUUUUAAUCAACGGAAGUACACUCGCUGAAUCAAAAAAUGCACAUGAUCACCGGAUGCUUAGGUCCGAUUUCAAAUGCAGGCCAGGCCUAGCCUUGCGCUCUCAGUCUCACGCUUGCGAGAUAUCUUGUUUUGUUGCAUUUAUUGCUUCAUAGCAUGCUAAAUCUAGUCUCGAAAAAA